AUGAGUAUUUCGGCACCAUUCCAGCUGUUGGAAAUUAAUAUGAUUUCGGCUCAGGAUUUGGAGCCUGUUUGUCGACGUAAAAUGAAAACCUACGCUGUAGCUUGGGUCCAUUCGAGACGAAAACUUUCUACUCGAAUUGACACCCAAGGCCAUACCGAUCCGACUUGGAAUGACAAGUUUGUUUUCCGCGUCGACGACGAGUUUCUUCACCGUGACACGUCUUAUGUCACGAUUGAAAUGUACGCCGUGCAUUGGUUCCGUGACGUACAUGUCGGGACCAUUCGAGUCAUUGUCGGAAACCUUAUUCCGACAAUUUCUCAACGGCGCCACCAUCGAGAAGAAGUUGAACUAGGGAUGCGGUUCGUCGCGCUUCAAGUUUGGCGACCAUCAGGUCGACCCCAAGGGAUUUUAAACAUUGGGGUGGCGUUGCUCGAUAGUACAAUGAGCAGCAUGCCAUUAUAUAUGCAAACGGGAUCGUCGGCUGUCGGGUACCGACAUUUAAUGGGUGAAGAAGAUCCGUUUCAGAACUCCAUUAUUAACCCUGUUUCAAGCACUUGCAAAAGCAGUAACUUUCAGCAUUUACUUAAUGGUUUGAUCAAUCCCGAACUCCGACGAACCAAGAGUGAUUCGAGUUCCAUUUUAGAAUCAGAGUUGAAGCCCAAAGGGUCCUCCAUUGUCAAUGGUGGAUCAAUGGUUAACGCCUGGGAAACUGGAAAAGCCAACACUAAGAUUACUACAAAAGAGAGUUCAAUGUUAAAUUACACGUCUGGUAAAAUUCCCAAGAAGGGAAAUUCCAGUUCGAUUGUUUCCGGCGCUGAAAAAAGCAACCCCAAGAUCAGAUCAAGAGGGCGUUCAAUUGUAAAUAACGUGUUCGAUAAAAAUACUAAGAGAGGAAAAUCAUCCGGUAAGUCGCCAACCGGGACGAGAUCCCCCUGGUUGGAUAACGGGGCUCCAAAAAAACUUGGUAGGUCAACAAUAUGGACGGAUUCCGAACUGGGUCCUUCUCCGUCGGAAGUGGCGGCGGCGGUGGCUAGGAACCUGCAACAUAACAAAAUGGAAGAGACGGAGAGUUCAAUGGCGGAGGGGUGGAGUUUAGACGAAAGCAUCGAAGGGCUUCAGUCGAAACUGGAAAGGUGGAGAACCGAACUGCCGCCAUUGUAUGACAGGGGUGAGCUUUCGAGUUACAUGUCCAGCAGGAUUCCAACAACAUCGGCGUCGAAAAGCACGAGGAGUGGUCGAAGAAAUCGCCGCAAGAAUCGGUCGUUUACUUGUUUCGGGAAUAUUUUUGGAUGUGGCAUUACGGUUACUUGUGCGCCUGGGGCAUCUGGAUCUAGAAAAAAGAGAAUUUAG